ACUCCGGUCUCCGUGGUGUUCAAAACCAUAACCUGUUGCAAUCUCUCGCGACUUCGCGUGAUUUAUCCGCACGUCUUGUAAUCUCAAAAGCCGGAAAGUCGGGUUUCUUGCGGUGCGCGUUUACAGAACAAAAUGCCGAAGAAGAAAACGGGGCAGAGGAAGAAAGCGGAGAAGCAGAAACUCCGGCAAAAGGAGAUCAGAGCUGCCAAGGAGCAGAUUGACCUGGCCAAAUUUCCUUGCAAUUCCGUGAUGGAAUGUGACAAGUGCAAUAAGAAGCAAAAGAGCCGUGCCUUUUGUUAUUUCUGUCAGAGUGUACAGCGAUUGCCCAUAUGUGCGCACUGUGGCAAGAUUAAAUGCAUGCUGAAGACAGGAGACUGCGUGGUGCGUCAUCCUGGGAUUUUCACCACAGGAUUAGGAAUGGUGGGAGCCAUAUGCGAUCAUUGCGAAGCUUGGGUAUGUCACGGAAGACGUUGUCUCACUAGUCACGCUUGCAUCUGUCCAUUGAUGGACGCCGUUUGUCAGGAAUGCGAGAGAGGCGUUUGGGAUCAUGGAGGAAGGAUAUUUAAGUGUUCGUUCUGUGAUUGCUUCUUAUGCGAGGAUGAUCAAUUUGAGCAUCAAGCAUCGUGCCAAGUAUUGGAAGCAGAAAAUUUCAAAUGCCAAUCAUGUAAUCGUUUGGGACAAUACUCUUGUCUUAGGUGUAAGACAUGCUAUUGUGAAGAUCACGUUCGUAGAAAAGGCUUUAAAUAUGAAAAGAACAAACCUAUCCCUUGUCCAAAGUGCAGCUACGAGACAUCACAGACUAAGGAUCUAAGCAUGUCUACGAGAAAUCACAAGUUUGGUAGACAAAACCAAGGUGGUCUAUCUGAAUCUGACGAUGAAAACGGAUAUAAUUAUGCAGAAAAUCAGGAGUCUUGUUAUGGAACUGUUAGCUAUUCCAACGACAAUGAAGAUGAAGAUGAUGACUAUGAUGAUGAUGAUGAAGACGAAGAUGAUGAGGAUGACAUAGAAGACGACGAUGAUGAUGAUGAUGAAUCCACAAGUACAGAUGAAGAAAAGAAAGAUACUACAAUGCAAGAAACUCCAGAGAAUAGUAAAAAUAAAGCUUAGCACUUACAGUGCAAAAUAGUAAUAUAAUUGAAAAUGAAAUGAUUGAUUAUAAAGUCAUGCACAAAUGUGCAGAAAGAAGUAUAAGAAUUCAA